AUGAGUGAAUUGUGGUUGUGUUUCAACUGCUGUAUUCUUCGAUCUUAAAGGGGCCAGCAGAUUGACUGAAGCACAACUGGGGAGACCACAAGGUUUGUGCACACAGUUCACGCGGGGUCAGGAGACCUGCGAAGUGGGAUGAAUCCCGGGAGCGCCGUUCAGAACCAGAUGUGGUCCCAGGGAGGCUCCGGGGGUGCCCUGGCUGUCACAAUGCAGUUGCAGCUCAUGGACGUGAAGACAGGAUAG